CAGAGUGGGGGUGAGUAUUCUGUGACAACUUAUUGUUUCCUUUUCUUCUUCAGGAUGAAAACUAGCCAAGAAACAGUGGGAAGAAACAGCACGACAAUCACUGGAUUCAUUCUCCUCGGUUUUUCUGACAUUCCCAGCCUGCAGCAUUUAUUUUUUUCGGUGUUUCUGGUCACCUACAUAGGCACCUUGGCUGGAAACUUUCUAAUCAUUGUCCUCACAUUGGCUGACCCAGCCCUUCAUACCCCCAAGUACUUCUUCCUCAGGAACCUGUCCCUCUUGGAGAUGUGCUACACAUCAGUCAAUGUCCCCAAGACGCUUGGAAAUCUGUUCUCUGGGGAUAAAGCCAUCUCUUUCAUUGGCUGUGCUAUGAAAACCUAUUUCUCUUUUUUCCUUGGUGGGUCAAACAGUUUUCUCUUAGUGUCCAUGGCCUACGAUCGCUAUGUUGCAAUAUGCAAGCCUCUGCAUUACCCCGUGGUUAUGAACAGGAAGGUGUCCACUGGACUGGCUGCUGGAUCCUGGCUCAGUGGUCUCCUCACGUCCUUCGGUCACACCAGCAUGAUAUUCACCCUACCCUUCUACAGAUCCCAUGAGAUUAAUCAUUUUUUCUGUGACAUCCCUCCAGUGCUGAAACUGGCGUGUGGAGACACCUCUCACAGUGAAAUGGUUGUCUUCAUCAUGGCUUUUUUCUUUGUCAUCUUCCCCUUCAUGCUGAUCCUCAUGUCCUACGUCUGCAUCAUCUCCACCAUCCUGAGGAUGCCAUCGGGAGAGGGCAGGAGGAAGUCCUUCUCCACCUGCUCCUCACACCUCAUAGUGGUGACACUGUUCUAUGGCUCCGCUUGCAUUAUGUAUCUGAAGCCCAAUUCCUCCUACUCACCCAACACAGACAAGUUUCUCUCUCUGUUCUACACGGUCAUCACACCCAUGCUAAACCCCAUCAUCAACAGCCUGAGGAACAAGGAGGUGAAGGCAGCAUUCUGGAGAAUGGUGCGGAAAAGAAGAUUCCAUUGAAUAAAGGAAUUUGAUUGACUGCAAAUGUCUCCAGCUCAAUUGUUUUAAGGGCUUUAUAUCUAUGUUAGGACCUUAUCUGGCCCCCUUACCAUGGUAACUGAGCACCUCACAAUCUUUAAUGGAUUUAAUCUCACAUUGCCUCUGUGCAGUAGGAAAAUGCAAUAAUUUAAAUUUUAAAGAUGGAGCUGUAACAGGUUGAAUCACAGAAACCCCUUUGGGGACUGCCACCUCAUUUCCUGAGACUACCCCUGAGCCUGUUUCCCCUGGCAGCUAAGGACUUCACUGCCCUACCUGGUUUGAGCCAGACAGACUUGCCUGCUGCAAACAGAGACCCAGAUCUGAACAAUGUCCCUGAAAAGCAGGCUUAACUGAAAACAGCUUAAGAAGUGUUCCUGUCACCAACACUCAGAUGCCCAACUCCCAGUGGGGUCCAAGUCCUAAAUAAAUCCAUUUUACCCUGUAUAAAGCUUAUACAGGGUAAACUCAUAAAUUGUUCGCCCUCUAUAACACUGAUAGAGAGAUAUGCCCAGCUGUUCCCUCCACCCCCAGGUAUUAAUACAUACUCUAGAUUAAUUAACAAGUAAAAAAUGAUUUCUUAAAUACAAAAAAGUAGGAUUUACUUGAUUCAAGUAAUAGACAGAACAAAGUGAAUUACCAAGCAAAAUCAAACAAAACAAGUCUAUGCCUAAUACAGUAAGAAAAUGAUUACAGAUGAAAUCUCACCCUCAGAAAUGUUCCAGUAAGCUUCUUUUACAGACUAGCCUCCUUCUAGUCUGGGUCCAAAAUAUCACUCACACCCCUCAUGGUUGCUGUCCUUUGUUCCAGUUUCUUUCAGGUAUCCACUGGGGGUUCAGAGGCUAUUUCCUGAGUCAGCAGAGGACAAAAUGGAGGAGGUUCCAGGGGCUUAAUUUAGACUCUCUCAUGGGUGAUCCCCCUUCUCUCUCCUAUCCAGAAUUCAGUUCCAAGAUGGAGUUUUAGAGACACAUGGGCAAGUCACAUGUCCAUGCAUGACUCAGAACUUACAGGUAGCG